AUGCCGUUCCUCGCCCGCGUCUUUCGAAUCAAGGACUCCCAUACUCCCAAAAAGACAAAAGCCCCUGUGGUAGAAGACAAUGGCCCUUCCAAGCCAAAAUGGACCGACGCGUGGCAGCGUACCGAAGUGUCUCCGGAGGAAGUCCAGGAUCUCCUGCGAGGUUGUACGCAAGAGUUGAAAGCCCGAGGUCUCCAAACACCUUUCCUCUUAUUACCUUUCCGGCCAGGCUCCGACGCCAGCGCUGCACGUACAUUCAUCCGCAACUACUUCAAUCAAGCCGUGCAAAAAGGCUCCCCUCCCAAAGGAGAUGCCUUAGCGCAAGAGCUACGACUGACGGACCCAAUUGUCCUUUGCAGUGUGCUAAAGUGGUGCUGGAGCAGACUCCCUGGAGGAGUUGUCACAUGGGAGGCCUACGAAUUGUUUAAGGUUGGCGAACAAGAUUCUCAGCUUGCCCGCGAUGCAUUCUCAACGUUCAUCCCCAUUAGCGUUGACUCAGAUGCCAGGUCUAAAAUUAUCUUCGACUUCUUCGAUCUUUUAACCGCAAUUGCGGCGCAUGGAAAGUCCAACGGCCUUGGAGGACGAAAGCUGUCUCGGUAUGCCGGGUGGUGGGCGUUUGAACAUACAGACACCGGCAAUGGGUUUGAAGCUGCCUACAAGGAUUGGGCAAGCGCCGCGGAUGCGACAAGCCACUUGUUCUUCGCGUACCUACGUUCGCUGUCCCCUGACUCGCCGCGCGGGAUGAGCAGUAUCUCUACCCUACCCAUCGCUCUGCAAACAUUGCUUCAAGCCACAGAAUACCCGCCAGAGACGCCAGCGCUUCUUCAGGUCUCUACCACCAAAGUUGUCAUGAUUGUCGACACUGUGUCUGCCACUCCCUUCGCUCUUUUACGUCGUGCAAAGAAUUUCGAGUAUCGAGACAGCGAUAGUCACCUUCAAGAAUUUGCUAGGUUUGAGGAUCCCCUCCGAGCGCUCACGGAUGAGUGUCUCCGUGUGCUGAAAUGCAUAUCGUCUACAAAUCAAUCGGUUGGAUCGGAUCCGACUUCUUCGACCAGAGAAGCAUCGUGGUCCAGGUUUGAAGAUCUUGGAUUCGGGGCCACGCUGGAUGCCGAUGUUUAUGACGACAGAGCCUCGAGCAUGGUGUCAAAGGAGUUCGGUGGCGGUCUGAGGUCCGCUCCUCAGUCUGGUGGAGGCGAUCUCGGCCGUCCAACAACCCCUUCAUGGGCAGAUUUUAUGUCUUCUGGUUUCAGUGAUGACAACGUUUUCAAAGCUCCAGUGGCUCCAGUAUUACUUCCUCCCGAUAAGGUCCUGCCCCCAAUCAAUACAAUUCGAGGCCAAAGCUCGCAGUCACAUAAGCGCACUCUGGAUGCUGAGCCGUCCAUGGACCCUGGUGAAUUGGCUAGUAUUACCACUCUUGAUCUGGAUGAUUCAUUCUGGUGGGUGUGGAUUAGCAGUUUGGCAGGUGAGGAACCAGCUUCCCGGAAGGCAGUAUUUGGACGAUGUGCAUUGCUCGAGACUGUCAUUAAGAAUACGAAGUGGCUUGUUCUGGAGGAGCAAGUCAAAGGCGCGGCACCGGAGCCCGAACCUGGUGCUUAUAUCGUCGAGAAGAAGAGUUUCUUCGGGUUUUCGACGCGCAAGCGACUCGGGCGCCGUAAGUCCACGGCCAAAAAGGUCAGCGCGGUAGAAGAGUCUUACAAGCGGCCUGAGAACCAAGGGCCACAAAGUAAGACCAGCAUCGGUCCUGACCAGCAUGCCCGUAUUCAGGCUGCAGCCGCUGCCCUUCAGAGGAAGCAUCGGGAGCAAGAACUGGCCGCAUCCGGGGAAACUAGAAGGAAUGUUCGGGAUACCACUUACUCAAAGACCAACUCUGUUAUGACACUGCAGCCGGCCAUUAUGAACGAAGCCUCGCAUGCUUUAAAAUGGGCCAGUAACUACGACAAGGGCAAGCAUGCCUACAAAGCCGCAUAUAUGGAGAAUAGCCUUGCGGGAACUGGUGCUCCGGUAGAUGAACUAAAGGAGGCCUCCAGGGACAACCUUAGCCCACCUUUGUCUCCUGCGCUCAGUACCAGUACCCGACAGGCUCCCCCGCCUCUACCGAAGGACGACGUUCGUAGCUCUCCGGCGCCCGCAACACCUCAGAAGGAUAGCUUUACUAGUGACAGAGACGCCACUGGUCAGAAAGAUAGCUCCAGCGCUCCUGUGGAAUGGUCCACCAUUGAGCCGCUUCGCAAGUCCACGGAGGUGGCAGAGAAUUCGACCGGGAAAUUGAAGAAGAAGCCUGCUACUCCGGGAAUCAAGAGUAUGUUUGGAACAACGAAGAGGAAGCCUGAACCCGAAUCAAGGCCGCCAAUGAAGUCUACGGGUGCUGGUGGGUCCGCUGUCGCUGCUGCACGCGCUGCCCUAGAGGAUAAGGCAAAGGCAUCUCAGGAACAAAUUGUCCGACCAUCCACCCUAAAGAAGAAACCUGUCCCGGGGACACCAGCUGCAGAAACACCUAAACCUGUCGUCGAGGCGCCAGUCAUUCCCAAGCCUGCUGCUGAAACACCGGAGCCUGAACAGCCGGAGGCCAGGGUUCAGUCAGAGGCGAGACUGCAGCCAGAACCUCAUGUCCCCGCAUCAAACAGCGACUACCACAGUAACCAGCGGCAAGCCGAAUAUGAUGCUCUUUCACGUGUAAAUACCAACGAACGCACCGCAGCCGAUAGCGAGUUCUCGAGAUUCGACCAGGGGCCUUUGGUGGAGCAGCCGGCGUUUGUUCCAGAGGAUUCGCCUGUGUCCGAUACAUUCUCUGAGAAGAAGCCCGUCGACAGCGCUCCGGUUGAAGCCAAGAAUGAAGUUAGCACUUCGCCUCAGUCCAAUCCUUCCCAUGACCGGUGGGCACAGAUUCGCAAAAACGCCGCCGAAAGAGCCGCCCAGUUUGAGCAUAUGCGGAUGAACGAAGACGACGGUGGCAACACAAGCGAAGAGGAAAGCUUCGAUGCUCGCGCGGCUCGUAUCAAGGCCAGGGUAGCCGAACUGACUGGCAAAAUGGCUUAA